CUGAUCGCGCCAACAAGACGGAGCCGGUUCUGUGUGAAUGGUGAAAUAAAAAUUGGAGCCAAAAAUAAUAUUUUCUUCUUGUUAAAUUGUUGAGCCUUUUCCCGUGCCCCCGCUAUGACCACCUGCGUUUAGCCAGAGCCCACGAGAUUUGCCCCCAAAGACCAAUAAGUAUUACCGGUGGUCAGUGCAACACAUGCAUUUCGUCCAACAUCCCCUCAUUGUCAACAACAACAACGUGGUGGACAUACUGCAACCGGAAAAUAUUGAGUUUGAUGGGCCGCCCGCGGCGCGGAAGAUGAUAAUUGGCUCAUUUUCGAUGUUCGUAAUCUUCUCGUACCUGCAGCUGCUCUACAUCCUGGUGGCCAUCUACCUGGCGCUACACCACGCUCACCAUUAG